AACAACACGCCAACUGUUCGAGGACCAUCGUGGACGAUGAAUGCGAGAAUAACGAGUCGAAUGCAAGACAAUUCAUUUCCUUCGGCAUGCACAGAACUCACGCAGUGGUGUGCGGACCAACGAGCGUUCUCAUCGUACUUUGAGGAAAAUCUUCUGGCUGCGUUACAGGUAUCACUAUCGACUUCUUCUGUGUCUCUUCCUCUGUCGUCACUGUCACUAAAAUCUGCCAAAAUUUUACCCGAGGUCAGCCUAGCCAAUGUCUGCACCAAGUCGUCACCUCCGCAGGCAGCCGCCGCUCUUGUAGAUCAGAGCGAGACUUCUGGGUUCCUGAUGGAAACUCCGGGCUCGUUUUCAGCUUGA